AUGGUCGGUGUUUGGUGGGAGCUUGCUACCGGCGGAAUAAACUACUCGAUUCGGGGCAAUGGAGGAGAAGAGUGUAUGAGGUAUCUUCCAACAUGGCAGCGGCUGUGUGAGACUGCACUUUUCGUACCAAUCGCUGUGUAUAUCGUUCUUAACACUAUGCCAGCAUUGAAUUGCUCUUUUUCCUCAAGACCUAGGCUGUCUUCUCGCUAUGCCGUUCUUACCAUUUACAGUCUUAUUUUUGGCGUUGAACUCGGCUUCAAGAUGAUAUCGAGAACCGGCAUUUUUCUGCUGAAUCCAUGUCACGUUACCACUGCCAUGCAACUCGUUCUUUUAACGAUGGAUGCUAACAAUAGGAAGACGUGCUUUCUAUUCCGGCUGAACAUGUAUUUCAUGCCUGGAGCCUUUUUUGCUCUUGCAUUUCCUGUUCUUAACACAAGGGAUCUUCAUGGUGAGGUGUUCAUCUACUACUCACAACACAUAGCCAUUAUUCUCGUUCCACUAUAUCUAAUGUAUCUCAGAGGCGAGUUUAUUUUUGAUUCAGCAUUGAUAGAUCAGAUUCACGAGUAA